AUGACAGACAAUUCCAAACUGUACAUUGCCUUAUCAGCAACCACAGCGGCAGUGGGUGUGGCAAGUGUGCUGGCAUAUUUCUUCAGGCGUGGCUAUUGCAAACACAAAGCUGGACCCAUAAACCAUAUCAUCAGAAAAGAUGAGAAGAAGGUCACUGACGUGGUUGAUGUUGAAGACUUGUUGAGCAUGAUCAAGCCUGGAGGAAAGAUCAGCUUUUGUAGAUGCUGGAAGUCUCAAGACUGGCCAUAUUGCGAUGGUGUACACAAAGAACACAACAAGUGCACAGGAGACAAUGUGGGAGCAUUGAACAUUGUUAGAAAGAAAACAUCUACUGACUAA